AUCCGCCCUCCGCUGCCAACUGCGCAGCCUUCAUCAUAAAGCUUCAAAUAUACGCACACAGCUACUAGUUACCAAACGGCGUCGACCGAAACCGCAAGUAAAACAGCUUUGUUGUCCGGGACACUUCACUUGCCACACGCACUUACUAUUCAGUCUCAACCGGGGAUACAAAGAGUUCGAAAAAGACGUUGAAACUACCAGGAAAGUGGGGGUUAAGGAAGGAUAGGUUAACGACUGUCGUUCGGCAAAAAUUAGCUGGAUAAAAUCGCCAGCUAGCUUUGUUGCUAAUUCCGCGUAUACGUAGUUUUAGCUCGCUAGCCAGCUAAUUACGCUAGCUUGAAAGGGAAGGCCGUCGGGUUAACACAGCGUCACUGUUUAAGCGACACCUUCUGGGAUAUCAGAGUUGCCCCUCACCGCUAGGAUCGGGAAACGUUUAAAUUAAAGAGCAGAACACAGAGAGAGGAUGGCCCUGAAAAGGAUUCACAAGGAGCUUAAUGACCUGGCUCGUGACCCUCCAGCACAAUGCUCAGCUGGACCAGUGGGUGAUGACAUGUUUCACUGGCAAGCCACAAUCAUGGGACCUAGUGACAGUCCAUAUCAGGGAGGUGUUUUCUUCUUGACAAUUCAUUUUCCAACAGACUACCCCUUCAAACCACCCAAGGUUGCAUUUACAACAAGAAUUUACCACCCAAAUAUUAACAGUAAUGGCAGUAUCUGUCUGGAUAUUCUCAGAUCACAAUGGUCUCCUGCACUUACUAUUUCUAAAGUUCUACUCUCCAUUUGCUCACUCCUAUGUGACCCAAACCCUGAUGACCCACUAGUGCCAGAGAUUGCACGAAUCUACAAAACAGAUAGUCAGAAAUACACCAAAAUGGCAAAAGAAUGGACACAAAAAUAUGCAAUGUGAUGGCAUCAUUUGGUACGCUGGUGGAAAAUGGUGUUGUGGUCUCAAACUCACAAAUUCCAGAAAUUUUUUUUUUCAUUUUUACUGUAUUCUUUUGUUAAUCAGAGCAUUUUACCUCCCAUUCUUUUUCCACCUCCGCGCUCAUAAGAAGAUAGUGUUUUCUCUUUAGGACACGUGGUAGUUUCUGUGAAGUUUUGACUCCUCUUCUGUAUGGAGUUGUAAUUUAAAAAAAAAAAUCACCAUGGUUCUAAACACUCAGCUUGAGCAUGUACCAGUAAGAGUUGUUCAACCCAAAAUUGGUGGUUGUAGUCAUUUACUCUGCACACACACAGGUAAUGGAAUAUAAUGCGACUGGUCUCCUGACACUGAACAGCAUAUUGACACCAUGUGGGGUUGAGAUUUACAUAACUUUAGGUUGGGUUCCUCUGAGCACUUGUAAAGAAGCCAUACCUAGAAACAGAAAAAGUUUCAAGUUGUCAGCAUUCUAAUUAAAUCUGCAAACAUCUAAAAAGCAAAAGCACCAGUCUCUGAAAGUUCCUGGUCUAGUGUGGCAUCAGUACAUUCUUAUUAACAGGAAUCUGUUACCUGAAGAAAGUAGUGUAUCUUAUUCCACUAUCAGUGUGUGUUCAGAGAAGCACAGCACUAUAUAUCAAUGUUAAAAACAAAAUAUAAGAACUUCAUUGUUGUAUUUUAUGCAUGUUAAUAAAGGUAGGCUAUUAUAUCUGAUGUUUCUGCAAAGUGCAUUGUAAGAAUGAAAAGUUGGGAAAAAAAUUGGUUCCCCCAAUGGCUAUCUAUUUUUGUUAUUUAGAAGCCAGUAGAUGAGCAGUUAGUUUUAUGCCCACUCAAACACUGUCUUCUUGUAGCCCUAAAAUGUUGAUGCAAAGCUCAUGGUUGAUAAUCAACUUGUGGCUCUGUUUCUUUUUAGUUUCGCCUUCAAUAAAAUUACUUAAACCAUA